AUGUGGCUCAGGCGCCGAGCUCGAUCUGCGGACGCCUGGCUCAUCGCUCAAUACGGCAGCCCUACAUUUCCCACAGCCCAGGCGCGCCGCAUCUCCCCUCUCGGCUGCGCCCCCCGCCCCGGCGGGCUGGGGCUGCUGCCCCCUGCUCGCCCGGCUCGCCCCGGCCCCUACCUCUGCCGCUUCCUCCUUACCCAGCAGCAGCAAGCGGUGUGUCGCUUUAUAAGCCAGCCUCUCUUUCUGCAACUGCUUCUCUAUUUUUUUGUUGGCUUCUCGCUGCGCUUUCUCAUCGAUACGCUGAUCCUCCGUUUUGCUGUUGCCCAAACACCCCAUAGCCGCUGCUCAGGGUGGAUGUCAAAUCGCUGCCUUCUCAGAUUUAGUAUUUACAAGGGGGAGGGAGUGGGGGAGAGGCAGAAGACAAGUCUUUAUAUCCGUGUGUGUCCCUGCGACGGCUUCUCUCCGCUUCUUCCCACCCGGCUCGCUCGCAUAAAAUGGUCUCUGGCCGCUUUCCGAUCGCAGCGGAGUUGGCUGCCUCGCUCCCCACCAGAGAUGCGGAGAGCAGGCGGCAGAGGUAACCCUGCCCCGGCGGGGAGGGGGUGGGGGGAGAGAGCUGUGCAAAAAUGCCUAACAUGCAACGAGAGGGAGAAAAGGGCUCCUCCUGGAAACCAGCCGGGUGCCGCUCUCCGCUCUCCCUCCCCACCGCGCACACAAUCCCUAUAUUUCUCUGUAAAGGUCUAUUUUUGUCUUCCUAACUCAGCACUGCCUCUUUCUGCGAGACCAGGAAACAGCCCCGCUACCAGCCCUCCGCGCAGGGAAGCCGAAGGAGAAAGGUGGAAAGUGCUAAAUCAAGGAAGAGAAACUGGUGCUGUCUACUUUGAGCACACAUCAGAGGAAGGUGAAAAGGGCAGGACCCAGAAAGUGAACAGAAAUUCCUUAUCUGUGAAGAGAGACUCACAUGGCAUCAUUCCACACAUGUCCAUCUGUUGGUACCAGAGGCAGAAGCAGAUGAUUGAAACUAACUAACAAAAAAAACCCAACAAUCCAGCAACGUCC